UCCUCCUCCUCCUUCAAAAAAAAAAAAAAAAACCCCACAGAGUCGUGACAUUUUCACUCAUCUGUACUGAGCCUCCGAGCCUCACACGUGCCACACAAGGUUUGGCCAUUGUUAUCUACUGUAAGGUUGAAGUCCAUCACUUCCAUCUGCAGCAUGACUCUGACAGUGUCUCGGGGUGAAGGACUGACCGUCAUCACCGUCACCUCAAACCCAAAGAGCAAAUGGCCCGUACUGUGUCAGAUUCUGGGUUUUCUCUGCUACAGUCCAGUGUGUUCUGUAUCUCAGGUUAUGAAAGGGAAGCUGAAGGAUGUCCACACAGCUCUUGGAAUUGUGCAGAUGAUAAUUGGUGUUCUCAAUAUUGUGGCUGGGAUUGUGCUUAAAUGCCUCGCGGCGUGGUUUACCAUGGAAAGAAUAGCCCAGGGACCCUUUUGGCUCGGAAGUGUGUUCCUUGUAGUUGGAAUUGUGUGCAUACUUACGGCGAAGUUUCCCUCUUCUUGUCUGCUGAUAAUCGGGAUAAUUUUAAAUGUAGUCAGUGCUGGAUUGGCUAUCACAGCUGUUGUGCUGUAUUCAGUGGACCUUGCUCAUAAUCAUACAUAUGAAAACUGUGAAACCGACAGUUAUCAUCAUUCACGCUAUGAUGGAUAUGGUUAUCGUUACGAAACGCCUUCCCCUGAAGAUAAUAGGAGAAAAGAGAUGUGUUUGUUCUACAAGAAUCUCAGUGAGAAUAUCUUCAGAGGACUAGAUAUCAUGAUGAUAGCGCUGUCGGUCCUUCAGCUCUGUGUGACCAUCAGUUUCUGUGUUUUGACUGGGAGAUAAACACAAAAUAAUCAGUUAUUCUUUUUGCUUGUAGUGCAAUGGCAUUUUGUGUCUCAAUAUUGUAGUGAAAUGAUUUAAAGCCGAUUUCCUCCAUUUGCAACACUGUUAAAUUACGUUUACUUACACUUGUUUUUUUUUUCAUUUUACAAAAGUGUCAUCAUUGAUCUUUCUCUCUCUUCAUGUAGAUUAGUGGGUGUUAACUUUUAUUGCCUUUUUAAA